AAAUGUCAACUGACGAAAAUCCACAGCACGAAAAAUGCUCAGAGUCUUGGUGCGAAUGGAAGAAGGCGCAAGCAACGGGUUCCUUAGACUCCUUUCAUCAUAAGCCGGCACUAUCGAACGAAGUUUUUGAAGCCAUCAGACCAAUCUACGAGGAUUUGAGCCGUGACGAGUUGCUGAAUCGUUGCUUGGGAGGCUAUACGCAGAACAGCAACGAAAGUUUUAAUUCUACAGUCUGGCACUUGGCUCCUAAAAAUUAUUCAAGCGGAAAGAAAAUAUUACAAAUAGCAAGUAACAUUGCUGUUUGUAAUUUUAAUGAUGGACUGAUAAACGUUUUAAGAAUAAUGAAAAUGAUGGAAAUGAACAUUGGACCACAGUCCUACAACUUUUGCUUAGAGAGGGACGCUGCUCGAAU